AUGGGGAAACUCCAGUCCAAACACGCCUGCAAACGCAGAGAAAACCCCGAAGGAGACAGCUUUGUUGUGAAUGCCUUCCUCCGGAGAGGGAUGGAGGAGUGCGAGAGGUACGGCGCCCCGGAGAACAAGCUGAAGAGCAUCCAGGAGUUUCCAAACGGGGAGCUGAAGGAUGGACAGUUCAUAGACCAUCACUGUCCCCUAGAGGUGGUGCUUCCUCCGGAGAAGGCCGAGGGCUGUGAGAGCUACCUGCAGUACCUGCCCGCGGAGGAAGGAGAGCGGGAGCUGCUGAAGGACCCCGGCAAAGCUCCUGGGAAGAAACGCAUCAGCCUGGAUGACUUGGAGUGUGACGUGUCUGUGGAGGAAGACAACCGGCAGGAGUGGAUCUUCACCCUCUACGACUUUGACAACAGUGGCAAAGUCACAAAAGAGGACAUGUCGAGCUUGAUGCACACCAUCUAUGAUGUGGUGGACGCAUCUGUCAAUCACUCGUGCCAUAACAAGAGCAAGACCCUGCGUGUCAAACUGACUGUCACCCCAGAACCCAGGUCCCACAGAAGAGACACCGGGGCAGAACGUGAGCCGGGUCGCUGCCACCAGGAGGAGGGUCGCUCGGCUGACAAACGUCUCUCAUCUCACGUCAGGGGGCAGAGCAGCGAGGCUCCACCAGCGGAGGGUCAACACUACUGUGUGGACGAGAACACCGAGAGAAGGAAUCACUACCUGGACCUGGCCGGCAUUGAGAACUACACUUCGAGAUUUGAAGGGACCACCCCACCUCUCCCACAACAGGAGUCCCACAGCCGGAGCUCCCAGUCCCAGAGCCGCUCACGCUCCCAGGAACCAGAGGCCCAUGUUGCCCACCAGCGCCGCUCUCAGGUCAUCAGUGACAGCUACAACCCAGCCGAGGCUCGGGGCAAAGGGGCCCAGUUCCUGAAGUCCCCCAAAGGAACGUACAAGGGAGGCGGAGGGAGUAACGGAGCCAGCGUAGGUGGCAAGUCAAACAAAUGUCAUAGCUACCACCCUCCUCUGCAGACGGCGCUGCACGCUGGGAACUCGGUGGGCCAUGGGGGUCAAGAUGUAUACCACCUCCCUCACCAGGCCCAGACCCCCAGCCACCAUCAGCACCCCCUGCAGUACAGCCACAGCAAACGUCUGAGGGCCAAAGCUCGAGAGGCCCUGUCCCCUGCCAAAAGUCCUCUAGCCCCUCCCUCCCAUCCACACCCACACCCCCACACCCACACCCACACCCACCCCCAGCAGCAGCAAGCCCAGGUGCCCUCUGUCUUGCCAGGCCUGGAGAGAGAGCAGACAUCCGGCCCGCCGGGGAGCCCUGGGUUCGUGGUUCCUCUGGUGCAGCGCCAUGAGCACCACCAUCACCACGAACACCAUCAUCACCACCACUACCACCAUUACCACCAGACAUGACCAUCCUCUGGACCACAGAAUACUGAGGGCUGCGCGGGACCAACCACCACACCAGUCUGAAGGACCUAACCUCAUCUGAUGGAGAUGUCUCUCCAUUUCUUUCCAGGAUCUUUUUUUUUGUUUUUUUUUGCUUCAUCUGUCAUAAAAGCUAUCAAGGUAUAUCCUGAGAUUAAAUAUGCUGAUGAAAAACACGUAGGGUAGCUGCUAAGGAUGUUGGACUGUAGCCGUUUUCUCUGGUUGUCGUCUAGUUCUCAAACAUUUGCGGCACAGUUCAGAUUUGAUCGCCAUUGUCAGUAGGUUUCUCCUUCAGGGCUGCUAAGCUUGUCAUUUUCAUUAAGGGAUACCAGUCGGAGAUAAGGUCAGAGGUCAUGAGAUGUCGUGUCCUCUCCCUCUUGAUGCUGUUAGCCGAUAUGUGCUUGUAUCUCUAGAAGCUAUACGUCGGAUUGGAGUGUGUUGUUCUGUGUGAGACCUUUCCAAACCAUGGAUCUCAGGUGUAAUGGUGCUGCUGCUCUUAAAGAUUUUCAC